AUGAUACACAUAAUCCUCAUCAUUGUUUGUUACAUUGCGAAUAUCAGUGCUAUUGAAGAAAGUGCAUUUGUAGAAGUAAAUGGCAGUAUAUUUAUAGGGAAACGAUUAUAUAGUGGUUUGGAAAAUAAGCCUUUUAAUGCAUUUUGGAAAAUACCUUACGCUAAAAAGCCUAUACGUGAUAUAAGAUUUAAGCCACCGGAGUUGAAAGAUUGGCGUAAUGGGACACUUGACUACAGUAAUUUUCCAAAAGAUACCUGCAGAUGCUAUAACGAAGACAACCUUUACCUGUCCAUUUACAUGCCAGUUUUUUAUGACCCAACAUGGAAUGCCCCUGUACUUGUCUGGCUGGAAGGAACUUCAAAAUCAUUGGGACCAGAUUUUUUUAUAGAAGAGGAUAUAGUUGUCGUUACUGUAUCAUAUAGAAAAAGCAUUUUCGGUUUUUUAAAUACAGACGAUGAGUUUGCCGAAGGUAAUAUGGGAGCCAAGGACAUAUUAAUGGCUUUGAAAUGGGUCAAAUCAUAUAUUGGUUCUUUUCAUGGAGAUCCAAACAGAGUAACAGUAAUAGGCGCAAGAAAGGCAGCUACGAUAGUUGCAUCACUGCCCCUCACUCCAGCGGCAGAAGGUUUGUUUAAUAGAGUGAUUAUUAUGAGCGGCAGUGCUCUUUCACCUGCUGAUUACAGGAAUUACAACUUUGAAGUGAUGAACAAACUAUAUUGGAAUUUGAACGGUCCUUUCGACAAACUGAAUCGUAGCAAACUUUAUGAAAUGCUCCGAAACUAUACUACUAGUGAAUUAGAUUUAGCUUCUCAGGAUAUCUUCGACAGUACUGAUGUCAGAGAUAACCAGAGGUUGAUAAACUCUUUCAGUCUGAGCGUUGAAAAAUCUAAGGGAGCGUUCAUGAGAAAAACUCCUUAUCACGUUUACAAAUCACGAUUCACAAAUAACAAAGUCGAAGUUCUUAUAGGUUAUACGAGUUUGGAAUCUCUUUACAAAUUGCAUGGAUUCGCUGAUAAUAAAAAGCUUUUGACGUAUUUGAAUUACAAUUUCCAAUAUUUAUUACCUUUCGAGGGAACAAAAGAUGAAUACGGUUCGAAACGAUACAGAAAGAUUCAGAAGAAGAUAAUGGAUUUUUAUUUUGUCAACGGGACUAUCGGAGUGAGGAGUUUAAGAAGAUAUGCGAAAUAUGUUUCGGAUCAAGUGAUUUAUCCUUUAAUGCGACAGGCGCGCCUCCAUGCGGAAGUAUCAUGCGGUCACGUUUAUUUGUACAGGUUCUCAUACAAGGGAUUGUUCAAUAUAGGCUGGAAAUCGUCAGUUCCUCAUUUGGAUUGGGCCGGAGCGACAUCAGGAGACGAAAUUUGCUACCUAUUCAAAUGUAAAUCAGUAAAUAACGAAUACAAUAGUGCUGAUAUGCCAAGUGAAAGGCACUUCAUUAAGAAAUUAGUGCGUCUAUUUGCAAAUUUCGUUAAGAGCGGCAAUCCUACUCCGAAGACCACAGAUGGCAUUUUAGGGAAUCUCAAAUGGGAACCUUUGAGACCCGGAAAGUCUAUACGGGCCAUGAAUUUGAGUAGCAAGCUUAGGAUGGUUGCCGCCCCUGAAGAAAAAAGGGUAAAGUUUUGGGAUCAGUUAAAAAGCGAAUUCUUCACCGAGCAACUCAACAGGGAAUGUUAA